GCUUCACAACACCACGUUUUGGAAUUCUCUCAAAUUGAUACCAGAUCAGGACACACCAUGUAGGGGACGUUGAUUUUGGUUUCAUCAUCCCCGUCGCGGACGAGCCGGCAAAUGAACCCGAAGAUCCCUCAGCCAUCGAGUCAUCACUACCAUCACUGCCAUCACCCCCACCGCCAGCUCCUGUCCCGACGACAACACGACCGACGCCAAACACAUCCGCGAAACGAAAACACCUCUAUCGCGAUGCAUCCCGAAUGAGCCCUCCUCCAGCACAUCCAGUCGCAAUGCCCGACACGCGCACCAAACGCGCCUCAGAACAAGCCACCCUCCGAAGACCAUCGCCAGAGCAAGCAGAAGACGAGGACGAGCCCAUGGAAGAGGCUCCGCCCCUGCCCGUACCAGCCCAAGAGCAGCCGCAAUCCCGCCAUGCGACCCGCGGCCCGCUAUCGAGCGUAAUCUCCGCCACAAAGCGCCUCUCGAUCGAGCCCACGUCCUCCUCCUCUCCGCCUUCACGCAGGGGAAGAUCCAGAAGAGUCCCACCUCCACCACAACACCAGCAGCACCAACAUGAGCCGCAACUACAAGAAGAAGAAGUGGCCGAGAGCCCCGCCGAUGCCCCCGGCAGCGGCAGGCGCAGGCCAGUAGCCGUGAGCGCCGGCACCCCUGUCGUCGGGUCCAGCGCCCUCCUGCAGAAGGUGUUAGAAGACCUGGACGGCGACAGCACGCAGCAGGCCAUGAUGGACGGGAUGCCCAGUUCGUCGCCCACCGAGAGGAGGGUCGCGACGAGGAGCGCGGCGAGGAGGAGGUCUGCUGAGGUGUCGUCUGCGGGCUUGGCUGGACUGUCGGGAAGAGGGACUAGGAGCAGUGCAAGGUUGUCGGGGGGGAGUGGUAGUAGCGCGGUUGAGGGCGACGGGGAGACGACGUCGCUGGGAGUAGUGGAGGAGGCGGAAGAGGAGGGGGUUGAUGGGUUGGUUGCUCAGCUUGGUGGUGGUCAAGCGCCGGUGCAAGAAGAGGAGGCCGACGGGGAGCAAGAGGAGGCGCAAGAGGUGGGCGACAAAGAGGCUGCUCAGCGAUUGGGCAGGGGACGCUCUCGUCGAAAUCAGCCGGUCGGCUCACCCGAGCUGAACUCGGGGCUCACGGUGGGAUCGCCGACUCUCAAACGGCGCCGGAGGAGAGAGCCCGCUAGUCCUGCGCAACAGCAACAGCCCGCGAAGAGACCAAGAAGGAGUAAAUCGCCACCUAAACCUCAGCCUCAACCCCAGCCUCAACCCCAGCCUCGGGAGAAGCCAAAGCCAAAGCCAAAGCCAAAGCCAAAGUCAGGAACGAAGAAGCAGGCCAAGGCGAAGCGCAAACCACCCAACGAGGAAGGUGCGGAAGAAGGAGAGUCCUGGUCAGUACCGGUGACUGUCCAGCGUUUUACCAAACAGCCGCGCGGUGGUGAUGAGGCCAAUGGCGAGGACGGACAAGACGCCGAGAUCCCGUUUGCGAACCGUGGCGGAGUGAAUGCGGUGGACGUCCUCUCCAAACUGUGUGAGGAGCUUGUAGAAGCCUACAUGGCCAAGUUGGAGGAGCGGGCAAGGGCAGCUGAGGACGCGGCAACCCGGAGGGAACAAAAAACGAUGUACCGAGCACUAGAGGCUUUUCAGGAAGAGCUGAGGACCCGAUUGUUGGAGCAUACCAUUGCCCUGGAUACACUGCAUGCUCUGCGUAAGAGAGUGCGAGCAGCGCAAAAAGAGAAGCUUGCUUUGCGAGAUGAAAUACUGCGGGUUCGUGCCGAGAGAGAUCAGGUGGCACUACGGAUGGACGCCAUUCGGAUCAGGCAUGAAGCUGAGAGUGUGGAAGCUCUGCGUCACAUAUCACUCUCAUCAGCCAUGCAUGACAUUGAUCUCGCGGUUGAAAAAGGGCAGGCUGCGCCUGAAUUGUCCACACCGGAGCGAAAGAAGGCAGAUUUGGCCAACCUGGAGCUGCUGAUAAGCCGCGUGGCAGAUCAAGCAUGCUCCAGGAGUGACGGGGGAGGGGCACUGAGGCAGAUCAAAGAGUUCAACGCCUUCUUGGAGCGGGCGGCAGCUGCUCUAGAAGGACGGUAGCCUUACCCAAGUCUUGUGGAGAGCAUGAAUGAAAUGUGCACCCCCAGUGGCAGCCCGGUAUCUGUGAUGACACCUUGAAUCGUAUUCUGUACAGUACAUAUUGGUACAGGAUGAUGACAACUGCAGCUCCCCG